UAUAGUGUUCUUGUCUCUUUUGUAGACUUUAUUCUUUGGAACAGUUAAUGCUUUGGUAGUGACUUCUAAUAGGCAUGAUCACUGUUAUCUCUAAAACUGUUACUAUUGAAGGAUGACAAAAGGACAUUACAGGUAAACUAGUCAGUAUGUUUGUCCUGGUAUUUUUUUUUUUGUAUUUUAGGGCAUUGACAGUUAAAUUUCCUAUGGCAUGACUUGAAUAGUUAAAUGAGGUUAUAAAAAUUUAAAUCAUCUGUAUUGGCAUUCCACUUUAGUAGUACAGAUUGAAUUUUUAAAUUCCAUUUACUGUAUGUGAUACCUUAAUUAAAGAGUAAGUUGAGGAAUCCCCACUGUGGUGCAGUGUGUUAAGAAUCCAACUGCAACAGCUCCAGUCACUGUCGAGGCUUGGGUUUGAUCCUUGGCACAGUGGGUUAAAGGAUCUGGCAUUGCUGCAGCUGCGGCAUCGCUGCAGCUGCGGCAUCGCUUGCAGCUAUGGCUUGGAUUCAAUACAUGGCUCAGGAACUUCCUUGUGCUGCAAGUGUGGCCUAAAUAAAGAGUGAGUUGAUUUAUUUUUAGUUCUGUCAGACUAAUUCAAGGAGCCUUACCUUCAGUGUACUGAUGGUAUGAAGUGACAUAUGUUAUAUAAAAUUUUAAAUUGUUUAAAUAUGGACUAUUAAAAGAAGUCAACGUGCAACUUGGGUAAAGUGUCCAGGUUUCACUUUAGGUUAAAGUACAAAAUCAGAACAGAAGCUUGGAUCUCAAGAGACCACAAAGCAGAUAAUCACAGAAACAUAAUUUCAGUAUCAUUCAUAAUUAGGUAUUUUCUCUUUUACAGAACACAUGUUAAAAUGUGGAACUGCUGUACCAUUGAAAUAGGCUAUCCUUGUAUAAUCUCUAAUUAAAAGUUUUAGUUUCUAGAAGUUGUAGCCUAGCAAUUAUUUAAAAUUUUUAAGUUAUCAAGUGGCGCUGAGUGGGUGGGCCCAUGCGCCGGAGUCCCUGUGGGUGCCAUUGCGGCAGGGAAGAGCUGGGGGUUGCCAUGGCAGAGCUGUAGCAGCUCUAGGUGCAGGAGGCCAUGAACUCCAUGGUGAAGAAUCUGGGGAGAGAGAGCAUCCGGAAGAUGCAGGGCCGCAUGUUCCGGUGCAGCGCUGGCUGCUGUGAGGACACCCAGGCAUCCACUCAGCAGGUGCAUCAGUGUAUUGAGCACUGCCAUGCACCUCUGGCUCAAGCCCAGGCCCUGGUCAUCAGCGAGUUGGAGAAGGUCCAGGACCACCUGGCCCAGUGCACUUUGCACUGCAACGACACCAAAGAUUUAAUAGAUGCAGGGAGUAAGGAGAUCCAGGUGAAGCGGCAGCUGGACACUUAUGUGACCAAGUGUGUGGAUGACCACAUGAACCUCAUCCCAACCAUGACCAAGAAGAUGAAGGAGUCGGCUCCCGUCCAUGGGGAAAUAGAAGUCUGCUGUUGGCCAUUGGGGCUGAGGGCAGGAAUCUAUUUAAAAACAGGAAUGGGGGUUUUGGGUCUUUCAGGCGAAGUUUAUGAAUGAAAUUAUGGAUGGCAGCAAGUUUAAGACCUCUGUCACUUGCCUCUGGAUACGAGUACCUUUGUGUUUCAAACCUAGAAAGUGAAAUAGAAAAAAACUGGUGCUAAAAUUUGGGUCGGGGAUCGCAUGGGAGAGUUUUUGAGAGCCUCAGUUUCAUAUGGCAAGUUCUUAUCCUGACAGUGGGGAGCCUCCCUUGUACCAAACCAGAGCCUUCCGAGGUACCAGAUUCUCUUAGUACACAGAUACUGGCAGGUUUCUCCAACCCACCUGUGAUCUAGUGGAGUGUGAGGAGAGGUGUUCCUGUUUGUUGCCGGCCAACCUCCUGUUUACCAGAAGGAUCAACACAUACCACGCCAUUUUCCACAAACUACAAUAAAACAAAAUCCUCAAGGUCACCAAUUUAGGAGGUGAAAGGGGGCUUCCAGGGUUUCGUUUUGCUUGGUUUUCUGUUAUAUACAAGGAUAUGAAGUUAACUUAAGACACGGAGUUGGGAGCAGUAGUUUAGAUAAGAGCUUUGAAAGGGUCCUCCUUAUGAGUAUUCAUUUCUGGCCAUCGAGAUUUAGAUUUGCCUUGCUUAAAAUAUUCACACAUUUACAUCUUUCAGCCUGGAGACCCUGCAAAAAUGUGAGAACUGAUGUCACACUAGUAUGGGAAACAAAUCUUCCCUUUCACCGGUAGCCACGAUGGGCCCUGAGGCUCUCUGCAGCCAGAGGGACAGAACAAUCUUACGGUGACACUCACUCUUGAAGAGGAUCUGGAUUGUGCUGUAUACUAGGACUUAGGAGUGAACAGUGAUAGAGAAACUUUUGUCUCCUUAAUUAAGAGUUAUGAAGUACUAGAUUUGGAAAAAUCUGGUUUUCAUAGAACAGAAUGAAAAUCUAAACCCAGUAUUGCUUAUUUUGCCACCUGAACUAACAGGGCUCUAUUGAGACAAUCCCUUGGCAACAUGAAGGUCAAGGGAGGAAAAGUAAGCAACUUAGGGGCCAUCUGUUACUCCUUGGAAAAGAGGGACAGCCCGUCAUUACCAAAUACCACUUUUGUCAGGGCCUUUGUUCUUGCCCCAGUUCUGACACGUUAUUGUUUUGAUAAGGCCUUGUUGUCCUUUUACCAACUUAUUACUUGAAAUGAUAAUAUCGCCUACUAUCUAUUUGCUGUUUCAAGACUGUGAUAUAUUUUCCUAGUGGUUUGGUUUUAAAAAUAAAUAAGGUUUAAUUUUUUCCUCCUUCCCCCCAAAAAAUUUUUAAAUUAUAGUCAGCUUUAGAGUCCCACCAUGGCUGGUUUACAAUCCAGCUUAUCUCUGUAAUGUUGCUGGUUCAAUCCCCAACCAAGAACAGUGGGUUAAGGAUCUGACAUUGCUACAUUUGUGGUGUAGGUUGCAGAUGUGGCUCAGAUUCAGUCCCUGGCCCAGAAACAUCCAUAUGCUAUGAGAGCAGCCAAAAGAGGGGGGAAAAAUUACACUCAAUUUUUAGUUGUCUGUGAUUUGAAGGGUAGAGGUAGGAAGUAUACUCCAGAGGUUCUAAUUAUAAUUUUGCCACAGGUAGUUUCAGUAACACCAAAUUUUUGGUGGCUUCUAAAAAGUAACAAAUUGAGUGAUUUUAAUUUAAUUUUUUUGUCUUUUACUUUGUAAAAGAAAUAACCAAGUAGAACAACCAAAAGAAAUGUAAUAAAGGAGUUCCCAUUGUGGCUCAGUGGUAACGAACCCAGCUAGUACCCAUGAGGACGCGGUUCAGUUGCUGACUUCGCUCAGUGAGUUAAGGAUCCUGUGUUGCUGUGGCUGUGAUAGUAGGCUGGUGGCUACAGCUCCAGUUUGACCCCUAGCCUGGGAACUUCCAUAUGCCAGGAGUGUGGACCUAAAAAGCAAAAAAUAAAAUAACCAAAAGGAAUAUAUUAAAAAGACUGUUCAGUUAAUGGAUUUCAAUUCAUGAGACUAUUCUAUUUCAGAAUAUAAUUGAUGGUCUGUUUAAAUAUGAAAGUGAUAAUUUACUUUAGUAAUAGUGGAGAAAUUCUCAUAUAUUUUCUUAUCAAACAUUUUUCC